AUGGCGCUGGAGGUGAAGAGAAAGAACAGAAUCCUCAUUGACCCUAGCAAUGGUGCAUCAGACUAUGGUAACUGGUUGAUUUCAAAAGAAGAAAAUAACAUGGCUGAAGAUGGAGCAUUUCUCUCAGCUUUCCUUCGAGUGCUACUUGAUCGGUUGGCGUCUUGCGACUUCAUACGCAUUUUUUCCCAACGGAACUUCGAUCAUGGACUGAGAAACAAGCUGCGGACAACCUUGUUGGCCCUCCAACUAGUGCUGGAUGAUGCGGAGGACAAGCAGAUCACCAACAAAUCUGUGAAAGCUUGGCUCCAGGAGCUCCAACAUGUUUUCCACCAAGCUGACGACUUGCUGGAUGAGAUUUCUACAAAAGCCCUGAGGGACAAGUUGGAAGAAGUUGAUCAUGAUCUGUCCCAAACCCAAAGCAGCAUAAGCACAAAACUGGUUGGUUUCAGCCAAUUUUUCCGUUCGGUCAAGCAAUCUUUAUUAGGCAUUAAUCCAUCUGUCUCAACUUCUGUUUAUUUCUGA